AUCUUACAGGUAGAGCAGUGGGUUAACCGAGCACUCGACAUGGGUGUACGUGGACUUGUCGACGAAUUCCGUUCAAGCCUGGCCAGAUGGCAACCAGAGACUAUGACUACAGUGGCUUAUCAAGCGAACACUGACAAAAACAGAUAUCUCGAUGUCCCAUGUCAAGAUUAUCGUCGGGUGAUCCUGAACUGGCCAGGCCUUCCAAACGACUAUAUACAUGCUAACUAUGUCGCCAAUCCAACUCAAGAUCGUCGAUUCAUUUGUGCCCAGGGACCAUUGGAAAGCACCCAAUUGGCGUUUUGGGCUAUGGUCAUACAGGAAGGAUGUGAAGCUAUCAUUAUGCUAUGCAACACUGUCGAAUGUGGAAAGUUUAAAUGCUCUCAGUAUUGGCCACGUGAGAAAGGUGAAGUAUUAACCUUCGGAGAAGGUAAUGGGAAGAUAACAAUAACUAAUCUAGACGUAAAAGAUAGCUUUGUGAGGGUGUGUCAACUGAAGCUAGACUUUUUGAAAAAUGGGCAACCAGCUAGUCAGAUUGUUCGACAUUAUCAGUGGGAAAACUGGCCUGAUCGAGGUGUGCCACCUACACGGCUUACUGCUACGAAUAUACUCUCGGAAGUUCGAGGUACGACAAAACCGAUCUUGGUGCAUUGUUCAGCCGGCAUAGGACGAACCGGCUCGAUUGUGGCAAUCGCCUACGUACAAGAAAAAAUGCAGCACGGGAAGAAUUGUAUGAAUAUGGAUGCGUUGACGAAGGAAUUGCGGACACAACGGCCAUUUUCAAUUCAGAAUGAAAUGCAGUAUAUCUACGUACACCGUGUAUUGUUGGCUUAUUUUCUCGAAAAAUACCGUGAGCGGUUCCAACACAUUCUUAAUGGGGAAGGAGAAGCCAAGUACGCGAAAUGGCUACAGGACUACAAAGCGAUCACCGGUUGUGAUUAA